UAGUAAGAAGAAAGGAAGUGAGAGCAAUUCCUUCCCCUUCCUCUUCUAUCUCAACAUGAACAAUUAGAAACAACUCUCAAAUCAUUAGCACCAUUGAUCAAAGAAAUAGAUGAAUAUAACAAGAAACUCGAUCGGAGAUAUUCUUUGAGCUUGAUUUGAGAGCUCAAGAUAUGAGAGGAUUGAAUUAAGAGGUGUUUGUUUGCCACCUCAACCACCUGGUUUUACUGUUGGAUUGGAUGGUCCUUUGAAUGAGUUGAAGAUGAGGUUAGUGUUUCUGUUGUUACUGUUACUGGUUCUGCUGGUUCGGGGAAGUCGACGUUGGCUAAAAGGUUUUGUUUGGAUGAACAAGUUAAAGAAGCUGAUAUGAGGUGGGAAAGUGAUAGGAAAGAGCAAGAGAAGAAGAAAGCCCAAAACCAGAAGGUUGAUUUUACUUCUGGGGGUACGCAACCAGGAAUUAUGCUUGGUGCUCCCAGGAUCAGCAUGCCUGUUACAGGUGGCUCUGCUGCUUCUACAGGUGGUUUGCAUCUGGUGCCUCCUGCAGCUGAUUCUAUUAAUCGGGAUGGUAGACAGAACAAAAAAUCUAAAUGGGACAAGGUGGAUGGUGAUCGAAAAAAUCCUCUGCCCUCUGUGGGGCAGGAUUCUGUAUCUACAGCUGGGUCUCAUGCAGCAAUUUUAUCUGCUGCUAAUGCUGGCGGUGGAUACAUGCAAUUUGCGUAAGUUGGUCAACUACCUUGAACUUCUUUGUGCAUUUUAUUUCUCUUUUGAUUUUGGUCGUGCUUUCAAUUUCUAAGAUUUGAUUUUAGUUUGGCACGUGUUCUUGAGACAUUUCAAAGUAUGUUUUGCCUGUUAUCCUUUUAAUACUUCACAUGUACUUAAAGAAAGCUAGAAUCUAAACCAAGUUUGUGAUUCACGUUUCAGCUAUGUACUCUUUCAAAAGUUUUAAGCUGACAUCAAUACUUGUUGCAAUAUUCUUAAUGCACCCAAGACAAGUUAAACAGUUUCA